AUGUUCUCUAUUGCUGCCUUCGCUUCUCUCCUUGCCCUUGCCGGCUCUUCGCUCGCUCAGGAGGGCGCCGCUCCUCCCGCUUCGGUCGCCCAGCUUGUUGCUCAGCUCCGCGAGGCACCCACCGAGGUUGACCGCUUUGCUCUCAUCGAGGAUGAUCAGUUCCUCUUCGACUUCGUCAACCCCAACACCACGGUUGGUGUCACGAACGGCGCCGGUGGCCACACUGUCGCCGCGACGUCGGAGAACUUCCCCGCCGUUGUCGGUAACGGUGUCUCCAUGACUAUCGGUUUCCUCGGUCCCUGCGGCAUGAACUCGCCCCACACCCACCCUCGUGCUACCGAGAUCAACUUCUCGAUCAACACCACGCUUCGCGGCGGUGUGUUGGUCGAGAACGGUGCGCGCUUCGCCGAGAUCGACAUCCGCCCUGGCACCGCGACCGUCUUCCCGCAGGGUGCCAUCCACUUCGAGAUGAACCCCAGCUGUGAGGAUGCUAUGUUCGUCGCCGGCUUCAACGGCGAGGACCCUGGUGUCCAGCAGGUUGCUCAGCGCUUCUUCGGUCUUCCCCCGGACAUCGUCGGUGCCGCUCUCGGUGGCCUCGGUGUUCAGGAGGUUGCCGACCUCGAGGCGUACAUUCCCGACAACGUCAUCCUCGGUGUCGAUGAGUGCCUGCAGCGCUGCGGCAUCACCCGUACCCCCCAGGGUAACGCCCAGCGCCAGCCGCGCGUGUCCGCCAACGCGUUCCCUUCGUCUGUGGUUCCGUCGAACGUCUACAGCCUUGCGGGUGUUGCCUCUGCCACCUCGGCCCCCGCAUCCGCUUCGGAGACUUCGUCGUCCGCUGCUGCCUCUUCGACCCCGGAGGGCAUCAGCAGCGGACCUCGCCGCCGCACCGUCGUUGAGCAGCGUGCUCCUGAAUUCACUCAGAUCUCGCUCCGGUAA